AUGGCAAUUCCACUCUUAUUACUACUUCUUCUUGUACCUUCUUUCAUUCAAUCUUCCCUCAUUCAAGAUCCUGAGUUAGUAGUCCAACAAGUACAAAAGAGUAUUAAUGAUUCAAGGAGAAAUUUAGCAUUUCUUUCUUGUGGAAGUGGCAAUCCAAUUGAUGAUUGUUGGAGAUGUGACAAAAACUGGGAAAAGAAUCGGAAAAGUUUAGCAGAUUGUGCCAUUGGAUUUGGCAAACAUGCAAUUGGAGGAAGAGAUGGUAAAAUAUAUGUAGUAACUGACCCUGGUGAUCAUCCUGUGAAACCGAAACCAGGAACAUUAAGAUAUGGUGUUAUUCAAGAAGAACCGUUAUGGAUAAUCUUCAAACGCGACAUGGUGAUUAAGCUUAAGCAAGAGCUAAUGAUGAAUUCAUUCAAAACAGUUGAUGGAAGAGGAACAAAUGUGCACAUUGCUGGUGGACCUUGUAUAACGAUGCAAUUCGUGACGAAUAUUAUAAUUCAUGGGAUUAAUGUGCAUGAUUGUAAGAGAGGUGGGAAUACUUAUGUGAGAGAUUCACCUACACAUUAUGGUUUUAGAACACUUUCGGAUGGUGAUGGGAUUUCGAUUUUUGGUGGGAGUCAUAUUUGGGUUGAUCAUUGUUCUCUUUCGAAUUGUCGCGAUGGAUUGAUCGAUGUUAUUCAUGGAUCUACUGCUAUUACUAUUUCUAAUAAUUUUAUGACUCAUCAUAAUAAGGUUAUGCUUUUGGGUCAUAGUGAUAGUUUCACUAGAGAUAAGAAUAUGCAAGUUACUAUUGCUUUUAACCAUUUUGGUGAAGGACUAGUUCAAAGAAUGCCAAGAUGUAGACAUGGAUAUUUUCAUGUGGUGAACAAUGAUUAUACACAAUGGAGAAUGUAUGCUAUAGGUGGAAGUGCUAAUCCAACAAUCAAUAGUCAAGGGAAUAGAUUUCUUGCUUCCAAUGAUAACACCUUCAAAGAGGUGACGAAGCGCGAGAAUGCGGGACAAAGCCAAUGGAAGAAUUGGAAUUGGAGAUCAAGUGGCGAUUUGAUGUUGAAUGGUGCAUUCUUUAGAGCAUCAGGAGCAGGUUCAUCAUCAAGCUAUGCAAGAGCAUCAAGUUUAGCAGCAAAACCAUCUUCUGUAGUUGCUUCUAUCACUGCCUCAGCUGGAUCAUUAAACUGCAAAAAGGGUUCACGUUGCUGA